UCGCAGUGGGUGUGGAGAGGAGCGGAUAUGAAACCUGUUUUUUCGUUUUCGGAGCUUUUUAGAGAAUUUAAAUUCCUCUAACUGUGCCACAGAGUUACUGUUCGGGCCGCGGGAUGUUUUUAGCGACGUACGUGACGUUUCUGCUGCUGACGUCGUCGUCUGGAGCCGCUAAAGACGGAGGAGACGACGACUGGGUCCAUCUGCCCGAUAAAUGUGAAGUCUGUAAGUUUGUCAGCAUUGAGAUGAAGUCUGCAUUUGAUGAGACGGGAAAAACCAAAGAAGUCAUCGACAGGAACUAUCGCUUCAUCGACAGCAAGGGUGCACCGCCGAUCAAAUACGUCAAAUCAGACCUCAGGUUCAUCGAGGUCGUAGAAAACGUGUGUCAGAGGCUGCUGGAGUACAAUCUUCACAAAGAGCGAGCUGGCAGCAACCGUUUUGCAAAGGGCAUGUCUGAGACCUUCUCCACGCUCCACGGGCUGGUGAAUAAAGGCGUGAACGUGGUGAUGGAUAUUCCCUACGAGCUGUGGAACGAGACCUCAGCUGAAGUGGCCGAGCUAAAAAAACAGUGCGACGUGUUGGUGGAGCAAUACGAGGACGUGAUUGAGGACUGGUACAAGGGAAACCAGGAGGAAGAUCUGACCACUUAUCUGUGUGAGAAACAUGUUCUGAAAGGACAGGACACCGCCUGUCUGAAAGAGGUUUGGAAACCAAAGAAGAAAGGGGACCAGGCAGCUAUUUCAGAGGACAAAAAGAAGAAGAAAAAAAAGAAGGGAAAGAGUAAGGAAGGAGGAGAAGGUGCUGACACCGGCUUGGAAAGCGAGGAAGCCGCUAAGCAGAAGAAGAAGGUGAAAAAGAAGAAAAAGGGCGCAUUUCCGGUGGAGAGGAGUGAUGGAGAGGUGACAUCCGAUGAGGAGAUCCAGGCUGAGGUUCCUCUGCCUCAGCAGAAGACGGAGCUGUGAGCUCUGGUUCCUGGAUCAGUUCUCAACAAAAAAAACAAACUCUUAAACAGGGUAACAGCAGCUCCAGGAAAUACCUCGCCCCAAAAUCUCUGAAAAACUUUUCAAACUGUUACCUACAAUUUUGUAGUUUUAAUUUAAGUUUGAGAUUGGAUAUGAAGUGUUACGAUUUAUUGGGAUUUGAGAGAAAUGACCUAUUUGAUCUUGGUUUUUAAAUAAAUAAUCCACAAUGAAGUUCUGGAGAUUUCAUUUUGAAAUGCUCGUUUCUAUGUCCGUGUGGAAGUGAAUGUAUUGUUUCAAAUUUCACUUUUACGUUGGUGAUCUCUGACUAAUGAUGCUCUCGUAAAGGUGUAGUCCUGGCAUGUCAUGGAGUCUUGUUACUGAAUUUUAACCCAGAUGAUCAAGAUCCCAAACUGUUGAAUUUUGAGCAUAGUGGCGAAUACAAAUAUGAGGAAUCCUUUAUUUCAACACUAGGCAACAAAGUUGUUGUGGUGCCGAAGAAAAUCCUUUUUAUGGGUUCAGUUGUUUAAAAAAUGGAAAGAGACUACCUUUUUAAAGGACUGCAUGAUGUUUAUGAAGAUUAGUGUUGUGUAUUGCAUUCAAAUUAAUAAUCUUGUAGCAUGUCAUCUUUUUAUUUUUAUUUUUUUCUCUUCUCUACCCACUUUGGUCAUUUUCCCACCCAGUAUUUGUGAGCUUGAAAUGAGUAAAGCUACGUGCCUUCAUUUGUGCACCCAUGGGCGUGUCUGUUUUUCAGAUGAGAUGUUGAGGCACAGUGUUGGUGUGUUUCUCUCAUGUAGAUAGCAGUUGCACCUUAGAUCACCAAAAA